UCUGAUUUGCUGCAUCGCACAGCUCGUCGUGAACGAGCUAAAGCGCUGCAUCAUAAACUGAGCAUUUUUAUCGCAGUGAACAUAAAACACAAAAACCGAGUUACCGGUUUAUUUAUUUAGCUUCCAAGUGUUAGCAAAACCUUCUAAAGAUGUCUUUCCACACUGGCCGUGGAUGCCCGAGGGGAAGACCAGCCGCUCCAGGCCCAAUGUAUCGGCCUGCUCCUCCACGGUAUCACUAUGACCCUCCAGCUGCUCCGGGUCCCAUCUAUAAUCCUCAAGGCAGCAGUGGCUACAUGCCACCUCAUCCUGACUUCAUGCCAUUCCAUUUCCCCGCACCCUCACAGGGCUCUAAUGCUCUGCCUCAAUGCCCCAUACGCCCACCAGUCUUCCCAGAGCCACCCCCUUUUCCUCCACCUGCUCCUCACAGCUCAGACAGCUCUGCUCCAGUUCCAAUUCAGAGCUCUUAUCCUUACAUGAUGCCCACUGUCACCCCUCCACCUCUUCCACCUGUGCCACCCUCUGUGCCACCUUCUAUGCCUUACCCGCCAUCAUAUCCCAUGAGCUAUCCUCCACAGCCACAGCUCCCUCCUCCACCGAGCUUCAACCCAGCUUACGUGCAGCCCGGAGGUUCCUUCAAACCUGAACGCUCCCGCCCACCUCUACAAUACAAGUCAGACACCUGUUCCCGCUCGCCGGAAAGACUUCGUCACCAUGAUGACCACCGCCACAGGGGCCACAGCUAUGGAGGCUAUGGAGGUCGGCAUAACCGAGAGUUUGGAGGAGAGAAACGUGACAGAGGGUGCAGUUCAGAGCGCAGGAGGUCAGACAGCCCGCGUUACAAAGCGGACUAUGACAGAGGGCGCGUACCGUCAAGACACCGCAGCAGAGAACGUUAUCGGCAUAGAGAUGAGGCCGGUUCACCCCCCUCCGACAGACACAGGAAACACAUUCGCAAUCGCUCAGGCAGUCGAGAGAGAAAGCGUCGACGUGUGGAGGAGGAGAAAGAGAGGAGAACAGACAGCACCUCCAGCAGUCGAGAGAGAUCGGUGAGCUAUAGCAGGACUAGAGAUGCAGAGGAGACAUCCACUGACAGACACGAGGAGGAGAAAGGAGAGGAGGAGUUACUCAAACCUGCCUGGAUCCGCUGUACACAUGCUGAGAACUACUACUCCAAUGAUCCCAUGGACCAAGUGGGUGAUUCUACAGUCGUGGGAACCAGUAAGUUGAGAGAUCUGUAUGAGCGCUUUGAGGAAGAGCUUGGUCGGAGACAGGAACGGGCCAAAUCCAGUAGACCUAAAUGGGAACCACCCAAGACCAAAUUGGACCAGGAUCAAGAUGAGAGCUCCAGCGAAUCAGAAUGUGAUUCUGAUGGAGGUGGUAGCAGCUGCUCCAGCAGCUCUGACUCUGAAGUGUUUGAUGUAAUUGCUGAGAUCAAGAGAAAGAAAGCUCAUCCUGACCGCCUCCAUGAGGAGCUGUGGUACAAUGACCCUGGACAGAUGAACGAUGGGCCGUUAUGCAAGUGCAGUGCCAAAGCUAGGCGAACUGGAAUCCGACACAGUAUUUAUCCGGGUGAACAGCCAGUGAAAUCAUGCCGGCCGAUGAGUAACAAUGCUGGGAAACUGUUUCAUUACAGAAUAACUGUGUCCCCACCCACCAACUUUCUAACAGAUAGACCCACUGUUAUAGAGUAUGACGACCACGAGUACCUCUUUGAGGGCUUUUCCUGCUUUUCUCAUACACCACUUACUAAUAUCCCUUUGUGUCGGGUUAUUCGCUUCAACAUCGAUUACACUAUCCACUUUAUAGAAGAGAUGGCACCUGAGAACUACUGCGUUAAAGGCCUGGAAAUGUUUUCUUCAUACCUCUUCAAAGACAUCUUGGAGUUAUACGAUUGGAAUCUCGCAGGUCCUGAUGAAAGCGGCCCUUCAGGUUGUCAGAGGUUUCAUUUUAUGCCACGGUUCGUACGGUUCCUCCCAGAUGGAGGAAAGGAGGUGCUGUCUAUGCACCAGGUGCUGCUGUAUCUACUGCGCAGCAGCACAGCCCUAGUUCCAGAAGAGGAGAUCGCCAACAUGCUUCAAUGGGAGGAGCUAGAGUGGCAGAAAUAUGCUGAAGAGUGCAAGGGCAUGAUUGUUACCAACCCUGGCAUGAAACCCAGUUCUGUGAGGAUUGAUCAGUUGGAUCGGGAACAGUUCAAUUCAAGUGUCAUCACUUUCCCAAUCAUUGUGCAUUUUGGCAUCCGACCUGCCCAGCUUAGCUACGCCGGAGACCCACAGUAUCAAAAGUUGUGGAAGAGUUACGUGAAACUGCGGCACUUGCUGGCCAACAGCCCGAAGGUUAAACAAAUUGACAAACAGAAGUUAACACAGAGAGAGGAAGCUCUGCAGAAGAUCAGGCAGAAGAAUACGAUGAGAAGGGAGGUCACAGUGGAGCUCAGCAGUCAGGGUUUCUGGAAGACUGGUAUCCGCUCUGAUGUUUGUCAGCACGCCAUGAUGCUGCCAGUUCUCACCCACCACAUCCGCUACCACCAGUGCCUGAUGCAUUUAGACAAGCUGAUCGGUUACAUGUUCAAGGAACGAUGCCUGCUGCAGUUGGCAAUGACUCACCCCAGUCAUCAUCUUAAUUUUGGGAUGAAUCCUGACCAUGCUCGCAACUCUCUGUCAAAUUGUGGCAUAAGGCAGCCCAAAUAUGGGGACAGGAAAGUGCAUCAUAUGUACAUGAGGAAAAAGGGAAUUAACACCUUGAUUAAUAUUAUGUCAAGAUUGGGCCAGGAUGACCCAUCACCCUCCAGAAUCAAUCAUAAUGAGCGCUUGGAGUUUCUUGGUGAUGCAGUUGUUGAGUUCCUAACCAGUGUGCAUCUCUAUUACUUGUUCCCAAACCUGGAGGAGGGAGGGCUCGCCACGUAUCGCACAGCAAUCGUUCAAAAUCAGCAUCUUGCUAUGCUUGCCAAGAAACUGGAGUUAGAUCGCUUCAUGUUAUAUGCCCAUGGCCCUGACCUGUGCAGGGAGUCAGACCUCCGACACGCCAUGGCAAACUGUUUUGAGGCACUAAUAGGGGCUGUUUACCUGGAAGGUGGCUUAGAGGAAGCCAAGCAACUCUUCGGGAGGCUGCUGUUCAACAUUGAGGAGCUGAGGGACGUUUGGCUCAACUAUCCACCUCAUCCUUUACAGGUACAAGAGCCACUGACAGACAGGCAGUUGAUCGAGUCGUCUCCAGUUCUGCAGAAACUCACUAAUUUUGAGGAUGCCAUUGGAGUGCUGUUCACUCAUGUACGUCUCCUCGCUCGGGCCUUCACUCUGCGAACGGUGGGCUUCAACCACCUCACCCUAGGCCACAACCAGAGGAUGGAGUUCCUGGGAGAUUCUAUCAUGCAGCUGGUGGCCACUGAAUAUCUGUUCAUCCACUUCCCAGACCAUCAUGAAGGACAUUUGACACUCCUGCGCAGCUCCUUGGUGAAUAACCGUACUCAAGCAAAGGUUGCAGAGGAAUUGGGCAUGCAGGAAUAUGCCAUUACCAAUGAUAAGACCAAACGGCCUGUUGCCUUGCGGACCAAGACUUUAGCCGAUCUACUGGAGUCAUUCAUUGCGGCUCUUUAUAUUGAUAAAGACCUGGAGUUUGUGCACACAUUUAUGAAUGUUUGCUUUUUCCCACGACUCAAGGAGUUUAUCCUGAACCAGGACUGGAAUGAUCCAAAAUCGCAACUGCAGCAAUGUUGUCUAACCCUGCGAACGGAGGGAAAAGAGCCCGACAUUCCUCUAUACAAGACACUUCAGACAGUUGGACCCUCUCAUGCCAGGACCUACACAGUGGCAGUGUAUUUUAAAGGUGAACGGAUUGGCUGUGGAAAAGGACCAAGUAUUCAACAAGCUGAGAUGGGUGCAGCCAUGGAUGCAUUGGAGAAAUAUAACUUUCCUCAAAUGGCUCAUCAGAAACGCUUCAUCGAAAGAAAAUACCGGCAAGAACUGAAGGAGAUGAGAAGGGAGCGAGAGCGACAGGAGAGAGAUAGUGAUGAAGGGUAGAAUAGAAAGUGAAGGAAAAAGCAGGAUUUUACAUAAAGUGAGUCGCACAACAGCACGCUUAGGAAAGCAAGAAGCUGUUUGUUGUUGUUUUGUAUAUAAAUCUAUGUAAAAAAAUCUGUGUUUGUUAAUCCAGUUCAUACCAUUGGUAUGUUUUAAAAAGAGAAAUGUUUUGUGUGAAAUAAAUCAAACCAUAGAAAUUAGUUUACUGUGCAUAAUUUGGUGAUCAAAACGUGAUCAUAAUCCUAUCAGAUGUUUUUUGGCUACUGCAUAUUACUUUAAGGAACUAGUAAAGUGACUAAUUAUUUUUUAAUUUAGAGGGAAAUAUCUGAAUUACAUUUUCAAUACGUUUCCAUACCAAAGAGCAAACUUUUUUUUUUUUUUUUUUUUUUUUUACUGCUGAAUAGUGAUUUAACUUUCUUGUACUACAUCAUAUUAUUCACGCAAUUUAUUUGAGCUGCACCCUUUACUGAACAGGCACAAAUAUACAUUUCUUUCAGCAUUUCACUUUUGUUGUUAAAGGGCUUUUACGUUGUAAAAUAGGUUUUUGUAUUAAAAACAAACAAAGCAAGCCCUACCUAGAUUUUAAAAGUAACUCAAAAGUAACAUAACUAGGGAAGCAAGGGUGGACUGGCCAUCUAGAGAACCGGGAGAAUUCUCUGUGGCCUGGCAGCUGAUUUGGCCAGCUGCCCGACAUUUAUUUAUCUUUUAUUAAGUCUUGACUGGCAACGCAAUUUGCUUUUCCCAGGCUCCGCACGUCCACCAAAAGGAUGUAAUACUCGAGUCGAGAAUGUGGUGGAUGUAAAACAGAGUUGUUAAACUGUCCUGUUCAAGACUUCAAGUUCAGAUUAGUUGCAUCUGUACAUAGACUGUUGUAGUUUUGUCUUUUGUUUUAGUCAUUUUGUCAUUUAUUCUAGAUGGUGAAUACAAAUCCUCAAAGUGUUUUGUUUGCAAUUUUGAAAACAUACUAGCAUAAAGUACAGUUUCCAACUGUAACUAUUUCUAACUGUAACUGUUUCUAACUAUUUCCAAACUGACCAGAAAUGCAUCUAAAAUACUUAAAUAUAUAGUUGUAAAUGGACUAAUAGAGAGAAUACUGCACAGACACAAGACCAUUGAUUGAUAAAAUCCAGUGAUAUCAUGAUAUAGAUUUGAAAAAUUAGAUCAAGGUUCUGAUAUUAGUGCCAAAGUGACACACCAAUGGAUGUUAUUACGAACUUAAUUUCGGUUACUUAAAUUAAAUCAUGCAAAUGCAUUUUCCACAGUGACAAUCGUUUUACUGUAACAUCAGUUUAAAUCAACAACAAUAAAAAAGACAUUCAUCCUGGUCAGAAAACUUUAAUUUAACUUUAACAAAAAUGUAUAAUAUUGAUAAUAUUAGUGACCAAUUUGUAUUAUUUAUUUGUAUCUGUAUUAUUAACUAAAAAUGGUGACCAUACACAGUCAUCUUCUGAUUAUUUAUCUUUUUAGCUUCUUCUUGCUUAAACAUACCACGCAGGAAGAAACGUCUCUGUUAUGUAUGUAACACUCGUUCCCUGAUGGUGGGAACGGAGACGUUAUUUCGUGAUGACAGACUGGGCUCCAAGCAAGACAUAACUCCUAGUGACUGACAGACAAGGAACUGCUCUUCUUUAGUUAUAGAAUCAGAUGUGUUCCUUAAUUAUCAUCUUCAGGUCAAUCUGAGACUAUAAUUUAUCAUGUCAUGAAAUAUCUGAAAAGGUCAUUUUGUACUGAGAUGGUUCAUUUUUAGAAGUCUUUGUUCCCUCUGUAAGAUCUCUUUGGUAAUGUACUAUAGAUGAAUUAAUAACUAAUAGCCCUCAGUUUUGUCUUAUGUAAGAUAGUAAUUCCUUUUAAUGGCAGCGUGAUUUAAUAGACUACCAAAUCGUUAUGUAAGUGGUAAAAUUAUUGUUAAAAAAGUAUAUAUAUUCCUCAUGUAACUUUCAGUACGUUACAUGAGGAAAAUUGCAUUUGCUGAAAUGAUGGCACAAUGUAAAAAAUCCUAUCUGUAUUAAUCCCAAGUUUUUGUUAAUGAAGUAAACUUUUUGGAAUACCA